GGGGGUGGUGGCGGAGAUCCCCUCUCCCGUGAUCCCCCGCGGCGGGGCUGGACUUCGGCGCGGUCCGCGGAGAGCAGCGACUAGCGCAGGCAGCCGGAGGACAGUCCGCUCGCUGCGCCGGCCCCGCCCCAGGCCCCGCCCCAGGCCCCGCCCUUCUGAUCUGGCCCCGCCCCUGCCCUGGACCGGCGGGCGCCGGCACCGCCCCUCUUUCCCAGGAUGCCGUGCGGCAGCGGCGGCGCGGCGGGCGGAGCCGGGAGGCGGGGAAGCCGUGGCUGUGUGAGCGUGGGGCGCCGUCGCCACCGCCUCCUCCUCACUGUCCUCCUCCUCCUGGGCCCGGGCGUCGCGGGCCGCGGACGGCCCUGGAAGAGAAGUCGCCUCCCCUUCCUCCGCCUCCCUCGCGCCGCGGCACUCCCGCCUCCUCGUCCUGCGCUGCGGGCUCAGGCGGAACCCGGAACGGCCGUCCGCCUCCCCCGCCCUCCGCCGCCUCCUCCUCCUGCUGCUGCUCGGCUUCCUCCUCAGCCCCGGGCCGGAGCGGAGUGUCGGCGGCGGCCGGUUUGGGCGGCGACUCGCGCUUCUUCGGGCGGCGGCGCUUGGCCAUGUCGUGUCGGGGAAGGUAAUGAGCCGCAGAGCCCCGGGGUCUCGGCUGAGCAGCGGCGGCGGCGGCACCAAAUACCCGCGGAGCUGGAAUGACUGGCAACCCAGAUUGACUUGAUGCAAAAACAUCACAAAGGCUCCAUAUUAUACAGUAUGCGAUUUUUGAGAACUGAUAGUGCAUCAGCCGACCCAGAUAAUUUAAAAUACUCUUCAUCCAGAGAUAGGGGUGGGUCUUCCUCUUAUGGACUGCAACCUUCAAAUUCAGCUGUGGUGUCUCGGCAAAGGCAUGAUGAUACCAGAAUCCACGCUGACAUACAGAAUGACGAAAAGGGUGGCUACAGUGUCAAUGGAGGAUCUGGGGAAAAUACUUAUGGUCGGAAGUCGUUGGGGCAAGAGCUGAGGGUUAACAAUGUGACCAGCCCUGAGUUUACCAGUAUUCAGCAUGGCAGUCGUGCGUUAGCCAUCAAAGACAUGAGGAAAUCACAGGAGCGAUCGUUGUCUUAUUCUGAUGAGUCUCGACUGUCGAAUCUUCUUCGGAGGAUCACCCGGGAAGACGACAGAGACCGAAGACUGGCUACUGUAAAGCAGUUGAAAGAAUUUAUUCAGCAACCAGAAAAUAAGCUGGUGCUAGUUAAGCAAUUGGAUAAUAUCUUGGCUGCUGUACACGAUGUGCUUAAUGAGAGUAGCAAAUUGCUUCAGGAGUUGAGACAGGAGGGAGCUUGUUGUCUUGGCCUUCUUUGUGCAUCUCUGAGCUAUGAGGCUGAGAAGAUCUUCAAAUGGAUUUUUAGCAAAUUUAGCUCAUCUGCAAAAGAUGAAGUUAAACUCCUCUACUUAUGUGCCACCUACAAAGCACUAGAGACUGUAGGAGAAAAGAAAGCCUUUUCAUCUGUAAUGCAGCUUGUAAUGACCAGCCUGCAGUCCAUUCUUGAAAAUGUGGAUACACCAGAAUUACUUUGCAAGUGUGUUAAGUGCAUUCUUUUGGUAGCUCGAUGUUACCCUCAUAUUUUCAGCACCAAUUUUAGGGAUACAGUUGAUAUAUUAGUUGGAUGGCAUAUAGAUCAUACUCAGAAACCUUCACUUACACAACAGGUGUCUGGGUGGUUGCAGAGUUUGGAGCCAUUCUGGGUAGCUGACCUUGCAUUUUCUACCACUCUUCUUGGUCAGUUUCUGGAGGACAUGGAGGCAUAUGCUGAGGACCUCAGCCACGUAGCCUCUGGAGAGUCAGUGGAUGAAGACGUUCCUCCUCCAUCAGUGUCCUUACCAAAGCUGGCAGCACUUCUCCGGGUAUUCAGCACUGUGGUGAGGAGCAUUGGGGAACGUUUCAGCCCAAUUCGAGGUCCUCCAAUUACUGAGGCAUAUGUAACAGAUGUUCUGUACAGAGUAAUGAGAUGUGUGACGGCUGCAAACCAAGUGUUUUUUUCUGAGGCUGUGUUGACAGCUGCUAAUGAGUGUGUUGGUGUUUUGCUCGGCAGCUUGGAUCCUAGCAUGACUGUACAUUGUGACAUGGUUAUUACAUAUGGAUUAGAUCAGCUGGAGAAUUGCCAGACUUGUGGUACAGAUUAUAUCAUCUCAGUCUUGAAUUUGCUCACAUUGAUUGUUGAACAGAUAAAUACAAAACUGCCAUCAUCAUUUGUAGAAAAGCUAUUUAUACCAUCAUCUAAACUACUAUUUUUGCGUUAUCAUAAAGAAAAAGAGGUUGUUGCUGUAGCCCAUGCUGUUUAUCAAGCAGUGCUCAGUCUGAAGAAUAUUCCUGUUUUAGAGACUGCCUAUAAAUUAAUUUUGGGAGAAAUGACUUGUGCCCUAAACAAUCUGCUACAUAGUCUACAACUUCCUGAUGCCUGUUCUGAAAUAAAACAUGAGGCUUUUAAGAAUCAUGUUUUCAAUGUAGACAAUGCAAAAUUUGUAGUUAUAUUUGACCUUAGUGCUCUGACUACAAUUGGAAAUGCUAAAAACUCACUGAUAGGGAUGUGGGCCCUGUCUCCAACUGUGUUUGCUCUCCUGAGUAAGAAUCUGAUGGUCGUGCACGGCGAGCUGGCUGUUCAUUUCCCUGCCGUUCAGUACGCAGUGCUCUACACGCUGUACUCGCAUUGUACCAGGCAUGACCACUUUAUAUCUAGUAGUCUUAGUUCAUCAUCCCCGUCCUUGUUUGAUGGUGCCGUUAUUAGUACUGUAACUACAGCUACAAAAAAACAUUUCUCGAUUAUCUUAAAUCUCCUGGGAAUAUUGCUUAAGAAAGAUAAUCUUAACCAGGACACAAGGAAGCUGUUAAUGACCUGGGCUUUGGAAGUGGCUGUUUUAAUGAAGAAGUCUGAAACAUACGCACCUUUAUUCUCUCUUCCAUCUUUCCAUAAAUUUUGCAAAGGCCUUUUAGCCAACACUCUUGUUGAAGAUGUGAAUAUCUGUCUGCAAGCAUGCAGCAGUCUACAUGCACUGUCUUCUUCCUUACCAGAUGAUCUUCUACAGAGGUGUGUUGAUGUUUGCCGUGUUCAACUAGUCCAUAGUGGAACUCGUAUUCGACAAGCAUUUGGAAAGCUGUUGAAGUCAAUCCCUUUAGAUGUUGUCUUGAGCAAUAAUAAUCACACCGAAAUUCAAGAAAUUUCUUUAGCAUUAAGAAGUCACAUGAGUAAAGCACCAAGUAACACAUUCCACCCACAAGAUUUCUCUGAUGUUAUUAGUUUUAUUUUGUAUGGAAACUCUCAUAGAACAGGGAAGGACAAUUGGUUAGAAAGAUUGUUCUACAGCUGCCAGAGAUUGGAUAAACGUGACCAAUCAACGAUUCCCCGCAAUCUUCUAAAGACAGAUGCUGUCCUCUGGCAGUGGGCUAUUUGGGAAGCAGCACAGUUCACUGUCCUUUCUAAGCUGAGGACCCCACUUGGCAGAGCUCAGGAUACCUUCCAAACAAUUGAAGGUAUCAUUAGAAGUCUUGCAGCUCACACAUUAAACCCCGAUCAAGAUGUUAGUCAGUGGACAACUGCAGACAAUGACGAAGGCCACAGUAGCAACCAGCUUAGACUUGUGCUUCUUCUGCAGUAUCUGGAAAACCUGGAGAAGUUAAUGUAUAAUGCAUAUGAAGGAUGCGCCAAUGCAUUAACAUCGCCUCCCAAGGUCAUUAGGACUUUUUUCUAUACCAAUCGCCAAACUUGUCAAGACUGGCUGACUCGGAUCCGACUCUCCAUCAUGAGGGUUGGAUUGUUGGCAGGCCAGCCUGCUGUGACAGUGAGACAUGGCUUUGAUUUGCUUACAGAAAUGAAGACAAAUCCAUCUCAGGGAAAUGAAUUGGAAGUAACUAUCAUGAUGGUGGUAGAAGCAUUGUGCGAACUUCAUUGUCCUGAGGCUAUACAGGGACUUGCUGUCUGGUCAUCUUCGGUUGUUGGAAAAAAUCUUCUCUGGAUUAAUUCAGUGGCCCAGCAGGCUGAAGGGAGGUUUGAAAAGGCCUCUGUGGAGUACCAGGAGCACCUGUGUGCCAUGACAGGUGUCGAUUGCUGCAUCUCUAGCUUCGACAAAUCCGUUCUCACAUUAGCUAAUACCGGGCGUAAUAGUGCCAGCCCCAAGCAUUCUUUGAAUGGUGAAUCCAGAAAAACUGUGCUGUCCAAACCAACUGAUUCUUCUCCUGAGGUUAUAAAUUAUUUGGGAAAUAAAGCAUGUGAGUGCUACAUUUCAAUUGCUGAUUGGGCUGCAGUACAGGAGUGGCAGAAUGCUAUUCAUGACUUGAAAAAGAGCACCAGUAGCACUUCUCUCAACCUAAAGGCGGAUUUCAACUACAUAAAAUCACUAAGCAGUUUUGAAUCUGGAGAAUUUGUUGAAUGCACAGAACAACUAGAAUUGUUACCAGGAGAAAAUAUCAGUCUACUUGCUGGAGGAUCAAAAGAAAAAAUAGAUAUGAAAAAACUGCUUCCUAACAUGUUAAGUCCAGAUCCAAGAGAACUUCAGAAAUCCAUUGAAGUUCAGUUGUUAAGAAGUUCUGUUUGUUUGGCAACUGCUUUAAACCACAUAGAACAAGAUCAGAAGUGGCAGUCUAUUACUGAAAAUGUGGUGAAGUACUUGAAGCAAACCUCCCGCAUAGCUGUUGGACCACUGAGACUUUCUACUUUAACGGUUUCCCAGUCUCUGCCAGUCCUAAGUACUUUACAGCUAUAUUGCUCUUCUGCUUUGGAGAACACAGUUUCCAACAGACUUUCCACAGAGGACUGUCUUAUCCCACUCUUCAGUGAAGCCUUGCGCUCAUGCAAACAGCAUGAUGUCAGGCCAUGGAUGCAGGCAUUAAGGUACACGAUGUAUCAGAGUCAGUUGUUGGAGAAAAUUAAAGAACAAACAGUUCCAGUUAGAAGCCAUCUCAUGGAAUUAGGUCUAACAGCAGCAAAAUUUGCUAGAAAACGGGGGAAUGUGUCGCUUGCAACAAGAUUGCUGGCACAGUGUAGUGAGGUUCAGCUGGGAAAGACCACCACUGCACAGGAUUUAGUCCAGCACUUUAAAAAACUAUCAACUCAAGGUCAAGUGGAUGAAAAAUGGGGGCCUGAACUUGACAUUGAAAAAACGAAACUGCUGUAUACAGCAGGCCAGUCAACACAUGCAAUGGAGAUGCUGAGUUCCUGCGCCAUCUCUUUCUGCAAGUCUGCCAAGGCUGAGCAUGCUGUUGCCAAGUCAAUUCUGACAUUGGCUAAAUGGGUCCAGGCAGAGUGGAAGGAGAUCUCAGGGCAGCUGAAGCAGGUUUACAGAGCUCAGCAGCAGCAGAACUCCACGGGCCUUUCCACUUUGUCUAAAAACAUACUCACUCUAAUUGAACUACCAUCUGUGAAUGCGAUGGAGGAAGAGUAUCCUCGGAUAGAGAGUGAAUCUACAGUACAUAUUGGAGUUGGGGAACCUGACUUCAUCUUGGGACAGCUGUAUCACCUGUCUUCAGUACAGGCACCUGAAGUAGCCAAAUCUUGGGCCGCAUUGGCUAGUUGGGCUUACAGGUGGGGCAGAAAGGUGGUUGACAAUGCCAGUCAGGGAGAAGGUGUUCGUCUGUUGCCUAGAGAGAAAUCUGAAGUUCAGAAUCUGCUCCCAGACACCAUAACCGAAGAAGAAAAAGAGAGAAUAUAUGGUAUUCUUGGUCAAGCUGUGUGUCGCCCAGCGGGGAUUCAGGAUGAAGAUAUAACGCUUCAGAUCACAGAAAGUGAAGAUAAUGAGGAAGAUGACAUGGUCGAUGUUAUCUGGCGUCAGUUAAUAUCAAGUUGCCCAUGGCUUUCAGAACUUGAUGAAAGUGCAACAGAAGGAGUUAUUAAAGUGUGGAGGAAAGUUGUGGAUAGAAUCUUCAGCCUGUAUAAACUGUCUUGCAGUGCAUAUUUUACUUUCCUUAAACUCAAUGCUGGGCAGAUUCCUUUAGAUGAAGAUGACCCUCGGCUCCAUUUAAGUCACAGAGUGGAGCAGAGCACAGAUGACAUGAUUGUGAUGGCCACGUUGCGGUUGCUCAGAUUGCUUGUGAAGCAUGCUGGGGAGCUUCGGCAGUAUCUGGAACAUGGCUUGGAAACAACACCUACUGCGCCAUGGAGAGGAAUUAUUCCACAGCUUUUCUCACGCUUAAACCACCCUGAAGUGUAUGUGCGUCAGAGUAUCUGUAACCUCCUCUGCCGUGUGGCUCAGGAUUCCCCGCAUCUCAUACUGUAUCCUGCAAUAGUGGGCACCAUAUCGCUUAGUAGUGAGUCACAGGCUUCAGGAAAUAAAUUUUCCUCUGCAAUUCCAACUUUACUUGGCAAUAUUCAAGGAGAAGAACUGCUGGUUUCUGAAUGUGAGGGAGGAAGUCCUCCUGCUUCUCAAGAUAGCAAUAAGGAUGAACCUAAAAGUGGACUGAAUGAAGACCAAGCCAUGAUGCAGGACUGCUACAGCAAAAUUGUAGAUAAACUGUCCUCGGCAAACCCAACUAUGGUGUUACAGGUUCAGAUGCUUGUGGCUGAGCUGCGCAGGGUCACUGUUCUCUGGGAUGAGCUCUGGUUGGGAGUUCUGUUACAGCAGCACAUGUAUGUCCUGAGACGAAUUCAACAGCUGGAAGAUGAGGUGAAGAGAGUCCAGAACAACAACACCUUACGCAAAGAAGAGAAAAUUGCAAUCAUGAGGGAAAAGCACACAGCUUUGAUGAAGCCCAUCGUGUUUGCUUUGGAGCAUGUGAGGAGCAUCACGGCGGCCCCUGCAGAAACACCUCAUGAAAAGUGGUUUCAGGAUAACUAUGGUGAUGCAAUUGAAAAUGCUCUAGAAAAACUGAAAACACCGUCAAACCCUGCAAAGCCUGGAAGCAGCUGGAUUCCAUUUAAAGAGAUAAUGCUGAGUCUGCAACAGAGAGCGCAGAAACGCGCAAGCUACAUCUUGCGUCUUGAAGAGAUCAGCCCGUGGCUGGCUGCCAUGACCAGCACUGAGAUUGCUCUUCCUGGAGAGGUCUCAGCCAGAGACACCGUCACGAUCCACAGUGUUGGUGGGACCAUCACAAUCUUACCUACUAAAACCAAGCCAAAGAAGCUCCUCUUUCUAGGAUCAGAUGGGAAGAGCUAUCCUUAUCUUUUCAAAGGACUGGAGGAUUUACAUCUGGAUGAGAGAAUAAUGCAGUUUCUGUCUAUUGUAAAUACCAUGUUUGCCACAAUCAAUCGCCAGGAAACACCUCGUUUCCAUGCUCGCCACUAUUCUGUAACACCACUGGGAACUCGGUCAGGCCUAAUCCAGUGGGUAGAUGGAGCCACGCCCUUAUUUGGUCUUUACAAACGGUGGCAACAACGGGAAGCUGCCUUGCAAGCACAAAAGGCCCAAGAUUCCUACCAAACUCCUCAGAAUCCUGGAAUUGUACCCCGUCCUAGUGAACUUUAUUAUAGUAAAAUUGGUCCUGCUUUGAAAGCAGUUGGACUUAGUCUGGAUGUGUCCCGACGGGAUUGGCCCCUUCAUGUAAUGAAGGCAGUGUUAGAAGAGUUAAUGGAGGCCACGCCCCCAAAUCUCCUUGCUAAAGAGCUUUGGUCAUCAUGUACCACCCCUGAUGAGUGGUGGAGAGUCACACAGUCUUAUGCCAGAUCUACUGCAGUCAUGUCUAUGGUCGGAUACAUAAUUGGCCUUGGAGAUAGACAUCUGGAUAAUGUUCUCAUAGAUAUGACGACUGGAGAGGUUGUUCACAUAGAUUACAAUGUUUGCUUUGAAAAAGGUAAAAUUAAAGUGGAUUUUUAUAUAAGGGUGGAAUAUAUUUUGGUGAAAGUACAAAAAUAUAAUGAUUUGUCUUUUCAAGGUAAAAGCCUUAGAGUUCCUGAGAAAGUACCUUUUCGAAUGACACAGAACAUUGAAACCGCACUGGGUGUAACUGGAGUAGAAGGUGUUUUUAGGCUUUCGUGUGAGCAGGUUCUACACAUUAUGCGGCGUGGCAGGGAGACUCUGCUGACGCUGCUAGAGGCCUUUGUAUAUGACCCCCUGGUGGACUGGACAGCUGGGGGUGAGGCUGGGUUUGCUGGUGCCGUCUAUGGUGGAGGGGGCCAGCAGGCUGAGAGCAAGCAGAGCAAGAGAGAGAUGGAACGAGAGAUCACUCGCAGCCUUUUUUCUUCAAGAGUAGCUGAAAUUAAGGUGAACUGGUUUAAAAACAGGGAUGAGAUGCUGGUUGUACUUCCCAAGCUGGACAGCAGUUUAGAUGAAUACCUGAGCUUGCAAGAGCAACUAACAGAUGUGGAGAAACUUCAGGGCAAACUGCUGGAAGAAAUUGAAUUUCUAGAAGGAGCUGAAGGAGUGGAUCAUCCUUCUCAUACUCUGCAACACAGGUAUUCUGAACACACUCAACUACAGACUCAGCAGAGAGCUGUUCAGGAAGCAAUCCAGGUGAAGCUGAAUGAAUUUGAACAGUGGAUAACACACUAUCAGGCUGCAUUCAGUAAUUUGGAAGCGACGCAGCUGGCCAGUUUGCUUCAGGAGAUAAGCACGCAGAUGGACCUUGGUCCUCCCAGCUACGUGCCGGCAACAGCCUUUCUGCAGAAUGCUGGCCAGGCCCACUUGAUUAGCCAGUGUGAGCAGCUAGAGGGGGAGGUUGGCGCCCUCCUGCAGCAGAGGCGCUCGGUCCUGCGAGGCUGUCUGGAGCAGCUGCAUCACUACGCAACCGUUGCUCUGCAGUAUCCAAAGGCCAUAUUUCAGAAACAUCGAAUUGAGCAGUGGAAGACCUGGAUGGAAGAGCUCAUCUGUAAUACCACAGUAGAACGCUGUCAGGAACUCUACAGGAAAUAUGAAAUGCAGUAUGCGCCCCAGCCACCCCCAACAGUGUGUCAGUUCAUCACGGCCACUGAGAUGACCCUGCAGCGGUAUGCAGCAGACAUCAACAGCCGACUUAUUAGACAGGUGGAACGCUUGAAACAGGAAGCUGUCACUGUACCUGUCUGUGAAGAUCAGUUGAAAGAAAUUGAACGUUGUAUCAAAGUUUUCCUUCAUGAGAAUGGAGAGGAAGGGUCUUUGAGUCUAGCAAGUGUUAUUAUUUCUGCCCUUUGUACUCUCACAAGGCGUAACCUAAUGAUGGAAGGUGCAGCGUCGAGUGCUGGAGAGCAGCUGGUUGAUCUGACUUCUCGGGAUGGAGCCUGGUUCUUGGAGGAGCUCUGCAGCAUGAGCGGAAAUGUCACAUGCCUGGUUCAGUUACUGAAGCAGUGUCACUUAGUGCCACAAGACUUAGAUAUUCCUAACCCCAUGGAAGCAUCUGAGGCAGUUCAUUUGGCUAAUGGUGUAUACACCUCACUUCAGGAAUUAAAUUCAAAUUUCCGGCAAAUCAUAUUUCCAGAAGCACUGAGAUGUUUAAUGAAAGGAGAGUACACAUUAGAAAGUAUGCUUCGUGAGCUGGACAGUCUUAUUGAGCAGACAGCUGAUGGUGUUCCUCUGCAGACUCUAGUUGAAUCUCUUCAAGCCUAUUUAAGAAAUGCAGCUAUGGGACUUGAGGAAGAAACACAUGCUCAUUACAUCGAUGUUGCCAGAAUGCUUCAUGCUCAGUAUGGUGAAUUAAUCCAACCAAGAAAUGGUUCAGUUGAUGAAACACCAAAAAUGUCAGCUGGCCAGAUGCUUUUGGUAGCAUUUGAUGGCAUGUUUGCCCAAGUUGAGACUGCUUUUGGCUUAUUAGUUGAAAAGCUAAAUAAGAUGGAAAUUCCUAUAGCUUGGCGAAAGAUUGACAUUAUACGGGAAGCCAGGAGCACUCAGGUCAAUUUUUUUGAUGAUGAUAAUCACCGACAGGUGCUGGAAGAGAUCUUCUUUCUAAAACGACUACAGACAAUUAAAGAGUUCUUUCGGCUCUGUGGUACCUUUUCUAAAACUUUGUCAGGAUCAAGUUCACUUGAAGAUCAGAAUACUGUAAAUGGGCCUGUACAGAUUGUCAAUGUGAAAACCCUUUUUAGAAACUCUUGUUUCAGUGAAGACCAGAUGGCCAAACCAAUAAAGGCAUUCACAGCUGACUUUGUGCGGCAGCUCCUGAUUGGACUCCCGAACCAAGCCCUGGGCCUCACACUGUGCAGCUUCAUCAGUGCUCUAGGGGUAGACAUCAUUGCACAGGUGGAGGCGAAGGAUUUUGGUGCUGAAAGCAAAGUGUCUGUUGAUGAUCUGUGUAAGAAAGCAGUGGAGCACAACAUCCAGAUCGGGAAGUUCUCUCAGCUGGUCAUGAACAGGGCGACUGUGCUGGCGAGCUCCUACGACACUGCCUGGAAGAAGCACGACUUGGUGCGCAGGCUGGAGACCAGCAUCUCCUCCUGCAAGACAAGCCUGCAGCGCGUCCAGCUGCAUAUCGCCAUGUUUCAAUGGCAGCAUGAAGAUCUCCUUAUCAAUAGACCACAAGCCAUGUCUGUCACCCCUCCCCCUCGUUCUGCCAUAUUAACCAGCAUGAAAAAGAAACUCCAUACUCUGAGCCAGAUUGAAACUUCAAUUGCAACAGUUCAGGAGAAACUGGCAGCACUUGAAGCAAGUAUUGAACAGCGACUCAAAUGGGCAGGUGGUGCCAACCCUGCCCUGGCACCUGUACUACAGGAUUUUGAAGCAACAAUAGCUGAAAGAAGAAAUCUUGUCCUUAAGGAGAGCCAAAGAGCAAGUCAGGUCACUUUCCUCUGCAGCAAUAUCAUUCAUUUUGAAAGUUUACGAACUAGAACUGCAGAAGCCUUAAACCUGGAUGCUGCAUUAUUUGAACUUAUCAAACGGUGUCAGCAAAUGUGUUCAUUUGCAUCACAGUUUAACAGUUCAGUCUCUGAGUUAGAGCUUCGUUUAUUACAGAGGGUGGACACGACUCUUGAACAUCCUAUUGGCAGCUCUGAAUGGCUUUUGUCAGCACACAAACAACUGACCCAGGAUAUGUCUACUCAGAGAGCAAUUCAGACAGAGAAAGAGCAACAAAUAGAAACAGUCUGUGAAACAAUUCAGAAUCUGGUUGAUAAUAUAAAGACUGUGCUCACUGGCCAUAACCGGCAGCUUGGAGAUGUCAAACAUCUCCUGAAAGCAAUGGCCAAGGAUGAAGAAGCUGCUCUGGCAGAUGGUGAAGACGUUCCCUAUGAAAACAGUGUUAGGCAGUUCCUGGGUGAAUAUAAAUCAUGGCAAGACAACAUUCAGACAGUGCUGUUUACAUUAGUCCAAGCCAUGGGUCAGGUUCGAAGUCAAGAACAUGUUGAAAUGCUCCAGGAAAUAACUCCCACCUUGAAAGAACUGAAAACGCAAAGUCAGAGUGUCUAUAAUAAUUUAGUGAGUUUUGCAUCACCCUUAGUCACCGAUGCAACAAAUGAAUGUUCGAGUCCAACAUCGUCUGCUACUUAUCAACCAUCCUUUGCUGCAGCAGUCCGAAGCAACACUGGCCAGAAGACUCAGCCUGAUGUCAUGUCACAGAAUGCUAGAAAGCUGAUUCAGAAAAAUCUGGCUACAUCAGCAGAUACUCCACCAAGCACCAUUCCGGGAACUGGCAAGAGUGUUGCUUGUAGUCCUAAAAAGGCCGUUAGAGACCCUAAGACUGGAAAAGCUGUGCAGGAGAGGAACUCGUAUGCAGUGAGCGUGUGGAAGAGAGUGAAAGCCAAGCUAGAGGGCCGAGAUGUUGAUCCGAGUAGGAGGAUGUCAGUUGCUGAACAGGUUGACUAUGUCAUUAAGGAAGCAACUAAUCUAGAUAACUUGGCUCAGCUGUAUGAAGGUUGGACAGCCUGGGUAUGAAUGGCAAGACAGUAGAUGAGUCUGGUUAAGCGAGGUCAGACAUCCACCAGAAUCAACUCAGCCUCAGGCAUCCAAAGCCACACCACAGUCGGUGGUGAUGCAACUGGGGGCUUACUCUGAGGAAACCUAGGAAAUCUCGGUGCGCUAGGGAAGUGAAUCCUGCAGGACAGCUGCACUCAGGGAUAUGCCCAACACCAUGGCCUGCCAACCCCAGGGUCAAGGGUGAAAGCAAGCAAGCAAGCUCACCGCCUGAACACGGAGAUUGUCUUUCUGCCACAGAACAGCUGCAGACGUGUCAGGAGGUUAGCUGCAGAAAGAGAUCGGGAUGCCGCGGAGCACAGUGAUUUGGAACUCCAUUCCACCUGACCCCGUGUGUACAAUCCAGGAAAAAAACCCCGCUCAGAAACAGAGGAAACUGGGGCCGCGAAGAAAUCACAGCCAAGGAAGAUUUGAUGCAUUCAGAUUCUUGCAUAACACUUGUUGCUUAGCAACAGUACUGGUCGGGUUGACCAGUAAGUACAAAAAAAGUCUAUGCGAUAUGAAUUUCAGAAAUGGACUGAAGAAGGAGAGCUAUGUAACAGAUACACUACAUUGGAAGAACUUACUUCUGAAAUGAAGGGAAAAAAACCCACCCCAUCGUCCUCCUCCCCACCCCCCACCAUCUGCCCAUUUCCCCCUUUACCUGAUCUAGUAGAUUAGCCAUCUUUCACAUUCACUUUUAUUUCAAUCCUUAUAUUUCAUGUACUUCAUCUCGAUGCUGUUAACUUAUAUUUGGAGUGAUAAACAGAAAAUUUUCCAAAACCACUGAUAACAUGGAAAAUGCAAGGAUUGUUUAAAGGUCUGAUGAUCACAUACAAAAUGUAAUUCUGGUUAUUUAAGUCAUAUCUGUGAUUCUAUCAUGUACAGUUUCCAGAAUUGUCACUGUGCAUUCAAAAGUAAUGAAUCUAACAGACAUUUGAUUUAAUGUACACUCCCCUUUGCUUAUAGUGUACAUUUUUGAGAGGUCAUUCAAAUUUUCCCUCUUCUGUGAUUGCUGUAGUUUCUUCAUAGAAAGUAGCUAAUCCAAUGUAAUCUUUUACCUUUUUAAAAACCAGGAUAGAGUACCUAUUAGUUUUACAUUGUUGAUGACAGAUUAACAAUAAAGUGAUGUUCUGGUGGAGGUAGAGUGAAAUGUUUUUUUUAAUUUAGUUUUCUCAUUUGAUACUUUUAAUUUACAAGUAAAUUAAAAGUGCUUUAGUUUACCUGGCCUUUUAGGACAUAUACAUGAAACAUGAGCAAAAAGUAAGAACCACCAACAUCUAUUAAGUUCCAUUAUUAGUGUGUGAAGUACUUUGAUUUUUGCACAGUUUUAAUAGUUCAGUAGUAAAUUCAUGAUCAAGGUUUCCUUAAAUUUAGCAUUGCAUUUCAGUACUGACUGUGUAAGCUCAAUUGUUGAUCCAAAAUAAAAAUCCAGACUAGAAUAGGAUUCCUAAAAUCACGUAUCGACACAGAGUAGAAGAGGAUUAAAAUCUUGAUUGAGUACAUUUUCCCUGCAAUUUAGAGAUUAGGGCUAUGAUCACUUUCUAGUUGCCAGUCUUCACAGACAAACUUGAAAGGAAUUAAGGAAAAAUUUCACAUAGUUCUGGCCUUUGCUGUAUUCCGAUUGCCACAUUAAUCGGUAAUCUUUAAAUACUCAUGGGAGAAUGCAUUUCAGUAUCAGUGCUCUAAUACUUUGACAGGUAUUAUAAGAAAGGUGAUAUUUUUGAAUACCCAUGUGUCUAAUAAGUUAAGGAACCUAGUGCAUCAAAUUUUAUUUUCUUCAUUCAUUUUGAACCUUAUUUUCACAAUCAAAACAACCUAUCGGAAUAAUAAUGCCAUAUUGUGUUUUGCACACUGCUUUAUUUCCUAGAGGCUGUUGCACUCAUCAGUUGAUUACCUCUACUAAGAUUAGUCUUUCAACAACAUUCUUUGUCACAAGGAAGAACUUUUAUUACAGUGAUAAAACCAGUUCACACUAGUUUGUCCUUAUAGACAGUAAUCAGAAAUUGCUUCUUCUUUGGCAAAGAAGAAAAAUGAAAUAGGUGAAUUUUAUUGCCUGUGAAUUUCAGGCUUCAGAGGUACCUGGCACCUUAUCCUAGCGAAAACAAAACAGCUUUACAUGAAAAACAUGUGCCUCUGCUGAAUUAUCCAUCACUUUUAUUUUAAAAUGAUCCCUCAGAGAAUAGUGUGACAUAUACAUGUUUGGUUGUAGGGCAGAUAUGCGUGAUUGAUGACUUCAAAGCUUGCUCUUUGCUGCAUUCUGGACAACAAGACCUCAGUCUGUACUCUUUGGCUGCUUCUGGGGGAGUCAUUUGACAAGUAGCCUUGUCAUUUUGAACUGUUAAAAGAGAACUCAACAGUUAGGAGAUUGAAUCAGCAGUAAAAGGCUUUGGUCAUACAGCAGAUUCAGAAGACAGGUCUAUAUUUUGGUGAUUAUCUUGUAAAAUGUGAAGUUCAGAGUGCUAUGGUUAUGAAGUCAUACAUCUUUGAUAAUACAGAAAUAACCUGUGGAAAACCAGGGGUCUGCUUCCUCCCUCCCUUCUCCUGUCCCCCAUCCCCUCUCCCACCUUCCUCCUUCCUCUUCCUCCCCACCCCGACUUCUGCACUCUCUCUUGUGCUCCCCCCCACUUUCUUAAGAUUCAGGGGGUACAGAAUAACUUAACAACCUCUACAAUUUGAUGUACCCUUGGAAAUUGAAGUUUAUCAUAAGUGUUUUGCUGUCUUUAAUUUUCUAGAAUUGCCUGAAUUUUAGUUGCUUUCUCUAUAAAGCUGUGGAGGCUUAGUAGUCUAUGGAGCUGUCAGUAUUUCUCUUUUACUCUGUUUCUUUGCUGUGUCUUGCAGUAUCUCAUUAUUUCUGGUCAUGAGUUCUUCACAUAGUUUGCUAGAUGAGUAUUCUUUUGUGUCUGGCACUUGUGAGUUGUUUGAGUUGUUUGAGAUACGUGAGGUUUCUGUGUGAGAACUGAUAAUCAAGCUCUUGAUCUGCUCCCCUAAAUUGCUCUUUUAGAGCCCAAACCCCAGGUUCAGGGUUGAGGGUUUGUAAUACAAAGAAAAACUUCCAUCACUGCCCUUAACACUUGCCUCUGUUAUCUAAGUGUCGUAUGUGGUGUUCUUAAUGUCCAGUGUUUGGUGUUACCUGCAUUGUUUUUGUUUUUAAUUGUUGUUCUGAUGUGUGAAAUUUAAGGAAAGAGCCAUUAAAAAAAUUCCAAGCAGGGCAAUGCAAGUACAGCCAAAUAUUAGAGUUGAUGUGCAAUCUUAGGUCCUUUUAAAUCUGUUGUGAUAUAGGCAGUACUUUGAGAAGUCUUCCUGGCCUAUUUUCCUCUACAUAUUUGUAAUUACUCUGGGGCUUACUUGUUUUGGCAGUACUAAAAGCAAAGGAGCUGGUUCUUCUUUUCUCCCAGUUCUUUUCAUAUUAAAGAAGGCGCCUACAAUUAGCCUGUUAGCUUCUGUUCAUAGAUAUAAAAAAAAAAAUCAGUGAAUGUUUUUCUGUUAGCACAUUGAAGUACCUUUGUUUUACAUAAAACCAGAUACAUAUGAAAACCAAUGACCUUCCAUUCUGUAUCUUGAGCUUGUAAAAUUCCAGUAAUUUAGAGCUAGGACUUUUCCCCUCUUAACUCUAGGAGGUAGACUAUGUUAAUAAAAGGAUCGCUUAAAGAAGGCAGAUUUUUUUCACUAUGUGGGUUAUAUUAGAAAGAUUCCUCCUAUGGGGAAAAACUAACAUAAAAUUUCCAAACACUGAGGAAGGAAAUCCACUGUAUUAUGAACCCGGAAGGGUUUGUUGCACUUUUCCUGCUUUUUUUAAGGCCUGGGUAACAAUAUCACCAUCUCUUUUUUACAAAAGGGCAAAUGAACUGCAAUUGAGAGAAGCUUUAUAGGUUCAGUGGUUAGUUGUACAACAUGAACCAUUUAGCCUCUUGCUUUCCAUGGGAAUUUGGGCUUACUAGGGAAGAAGCUGUUUGUUGUGCUGUUGGAAAAGUGUCAUAAAAUUAGCUUGACUUUGGAAGAUGAUAAACUUAACUGAAUGUUCUGAAAUGCAGACUUGCAGAAUGUAUGUCUUUCAAAACAGGCUUUUUUUUUUUUUUUUCCUCCUCGACAGUCCAAGUUUCAGCUCCUGUUUAAAGUUCUUUUAUUUUUCCGGUUUAAAUUUUCCUUGUAUUUCCACCUGUAAUGUCAAUGGCAACAUCACACUUCACUUGUUAAUUUACUUUACCCUUGUUAUAUAAGAGCAAAUUGAGUUGAACUGAAUCUUCCUUGUUCUAGUAACAUUGUAUAAAUAAAGUGGCUUCUCUGUACAAAAGGUUGUAAUGCCUCCUGAUGGAUAUAAUUUUGUGAUUGUAUUUAAGAUUAAAAGUUGAAUAAAUCACACCAGCUUCCUGAAAAUGCUCAUAAUGCAUCUUUUGGAAAACAAAAGUACAUGGCCUACUUUGUGCAUAUUUGCGUUAACAUGGCAAAGAUUGUAUGAAAUACCUGUUUUUCAGAAAAUAAAGUCUUAAAAGACGUA